AGAAUAGAUGUCCGCUUGUAGGACAGAUGGCGUGACCGGAUCGGUCCUUAUAAGGCAGACAAUGUGAAUGGUGGAAGAGAGAGCACAGGAAAAAUGAAGAUAAAAUAUUAUCUGAGAUAACACACCUGCGACCGAAGGGAGAGCCAGUUUGAACCCAUUUUCAGGGCAAGGCCGAAGGCUGCAGGAGAGAGUACCAGACACUCAUUGUUCGGGGAAGGCGUUUGUUACAGAAGGAUGAACUGGGUUGAACCAACGUUCAAGGGCACCAGAGGGAUUAAAACAGGUCAGUGCCAGAAGGCAGGCGGACUUUGGAAGGGAUUUGCUUGCGAUACGUAUUUCAUUGUCUCCAGAUAUAUCUGCGGAGAAUUGCUCAUGUACAACUUUUUCUCUUCUAAAUAAAUGUUAAACUUUUUAACUAAUUUCCUGCAGUGGAUUCUUCUAUCAACCAACUCGGGUGGAUAAGGAAUAUCCUAACAAUUUUGGGGGCUCGUCCGGGAUCGGAGUUUUCCUGCAGGGGGAAUUCGGUCCAAGAGCUUUCACCUGCUGAACACUGCGUACUCCCAGGCCGGCCUCAAAACAAGGUAAGCAGAAACCUGUUACUAAUUCUGCAUAUUGAUUAAUCUAAAAUAAGGAGUACGCUGUGGAUUGGUGGUGAAGGAACCAAAUUGAUACAUGAGCAAUUCGCUAAAUUUAAUAUUAAGGAAACCGGUAAAAGUGCACAACAAUAGUACCGGCGAGUACUAUUGGGUUUAGUAGGUACCGGCGAGUACCAAGGGAUCUUCUAUCCGACACAAAUUAAAGGAUCAGGGAUCCUAUUGGGUUUAGUAGGUACCGGCGAGUACUAUUGGGUUUAGUAGGUACCGGCGAGUACCAAGGGAUCUUCUAUCCGACACAAAUUAAAGGAUCAGGGAUCCUAUUGGGUUUGGUGGGUACCGGCGAGUACCAAGGGAUCAAUGAUCUGACACAAAUAAAAGGAUUUUGAAUCCUAGUCUUUGGUUUGGCAACCCCAUCAGUUCCUGACGAGGGCUGAAGUCGCUAGGUGAGUGUCCUGGGGAUUUGAGGACCCCCGAAAACUGGUCUUUGGUUUGGCAACCCCAUCAGACCCUGACGAGGGCUGAAGUCGCUAGGUGAGUGUCCUGGGGAUUUGAGGACCCCCGAAAACUGGUCUUUGGUUUGGCAACCCCAUCAGACCCUGACGAGGGCUGAAGUAGCUAGGUUGGAGUCCUGGGGAUUUGAGGACCCCCGAAUCCCAGGGUUGGAGUCCCUAGGAGUAAAAGCUCCUUAAAUCCUGGGCUGCAGUCUCUGAGCAGCUCGUGUGUGUGUGUGUGUGUGUGUGUGGGUGCAAGCAAGCAGGAGAGUGAAAAAAGAAAAAAAAAAAGAGGGGAAACUGAGAACAUAGACGGUCCGAGAGGUUAAUAUAAACUUUCGGUGUAAUACAUUGAUGACCGAGAGGUUAACAUAAACUUUCGGUGUAAUACAUUGAUUCUCGGAAGGUUAAGAUAAACUUCCGUUAUAAUGCAUUGAUUUCGAAGGGUUAAAAUAAACCUUCGUUACAAUAAAAGAAUUCUGGAAGUAUAACAUAAGUUCUCAGAACAAACGGGGAAGCUUGCUGGAGCUGCGGAGAACAUUUACUGUGUCACACUGAGGUGACCAGCUGUCCGAGCGGGUUAAAGCGAUAUAACUGGGAACUGUUGUUGGAAUGGAAGAUGAAUAUGAUCGGGAAACUGUUGACGGCGGCUGGGGGCCAGCGCCGGGGUAUCGAUGGAAAAUAAUAAACGACCAGCUGAGGCUGUUGUUGGUGGCGGUGGGUGGAGAAACCACCGGGAAAAAGAAGCAUGAGGCUGUGGAGCGCACGGAACGCGCGGUGAGAAAGUUGUUAGAAAAGAAAGGCGUUAGUUUGGCAGACAGGCUGUCACUGGCGCAGAUUUUGUGGGAGAAGGAGAGAGAUUGUAGAGAAGAAAAGAAGGAGCUUGAGUCGAAACGCGAGAAGGCGAGUGUGUUGAAAAAAGGAAAACUUCGUAAAGAGAUGGAGGAUGUGGAGGACAUGAGGUCCGCAUUGUUUUCGUACUGGAUAAAAAGUAAAGCCGUGGGGAGAAAUAACCAGGAACGGUGUAAUGAGGAAAGACCACCGGCAUACGAUGUUGAAAUAAACGGUGUGAAUUCGGCUUCUGCACCUGCUGGGUUGUAUCCUGUAUUAAAUAUAACGGGGGGAGAGUUGGAAGUUGAAGAAAGUGUACCACUGCGGGGUUGUCGGGGCAACGAGGUAACGGGGGAAAGCCGGCCUUUCGAAGCGCGUCAAAAUCGGGAGGGGUUUAAAGAAUGGACGGACUCACGCACUCCGGGGAGAAGGGACAGCUCAGAAGUGCAGCGGAGAAAUAAGGCGGAUAAGGGAAAGUAUUUAGCCGGGGCGAAUGAGCGGGUGAAAACACAAUUGAGAUACGGGGAAUCACCAGACAUGGGGGAGAGAGGAAAAAAAGGCUCUGCCUCGGCUCAGGAGGAGCAAAACGGGGAAUGCGAGGAUAACAGCGACCCAGAGAUUCACGGGGAACCGGGAAAAAUGUAUCCGUUAUUCAUGUCUUCUCGAGGGGUUAAUAAAUACAAGCCGUGGUCGCUGGGAGACGUGUCCGCUCUAGUCGCGCAAAUGCCUGCACCAUCUGAAGGGGGAGAUAAGUGGCUAAAACAACUCGAUACGCUCACUAACGGACACACGCUGGCGCUCGGCGACUUUAGGGCUGUAGCAGCCAGAUGCAUGACCGCACAUGAUUUAGCGGACGUGGAAAACAGAGCGGGGGUGACCCGACAAGCCGAUGACGACAGAUUUUUGUAUUUCGCGACGGAGAUCGGGGACGCAAUGCACGAGAAAUGGCCACUUCUAAUGUCGACUAAAAUACCGAAAUUACCAUGGGACGCGAAGAAAACCCCGCGCGCGUAUUUGGACGAAUGUAAAGAGACCUGGGUAAAAAGCACUAGCCAUCAUCCGGGAACGGAGGGCAUACAGAGAGAAUGGUUCAGACAGGCGGUGCUGGAGGGAGUACCAGAGGGGGUAAAAGCUAAAAUGAUCACUAAUCCAGACUUGCCAGGAAGUGAAUCUGCUGUGUGGGAAAGACAUUUACUGCACCAUUUACAGGACGCGACUGAGGAAGCGACAGGGGAAGAGAAGCAGCUAAAAGAAUUACAGGCUCAGCUUCUUAGGCUUCAGCUCACUAAGGUCAAACAGGAAGUGAGAGACAAGAAGCAGAAAGGGAAAGACGAGCGACAGAUGACAGUCCAGGCUGCCCCAGCUGAAGGUAACGCCCCAGAUUUGUAUCCACUCCCACCAUGGGAGGAGACGUCGUAUGGGACAGCCCAGGGGUGGGGCCCAAACCGAGGGGGCGGUUAUCGGGGAGGUUACAGAAGUAAUUACAGGGGUGGCGCUGGUCGGAGAGGAUCAUACGGUGGGGGAGGAGAAAGAGGCGGCUACCAAGGGGGAGACGCUUGUUUCAACUGUGGUAUGGAGGGGCACUGGCGCAUGGAGUGUCCUAGCAAAAAGAAGAGACAGGGGAGGGGCAGGGGUGUCCCGUCUCGGGGGGCUUGGGCCCCCAAUCCACAUGCUGCGCCACCUAGGGGACAAUACCCUGCACUGGAGGACUGGGGCUAUGAGGCGGAUGCCUCUCAGUGACACACCCCGAUGGGAGACUCCGACAGCAGGGGCAGGGCAGACCCCAUGCUGUCACU